AUGUCUCAAGAACCCGUGUCCGGUUAUGAUGCUGACGAGGCUCUUGCAAGCAUCAUGAAAUCCGUUGCUAUCAUUGGUACAAAGUUGGAAGCCAUCAAGAUCACAAGCAGGUCUCGGGAGCGACAGUAUCAAAACGACAUCAAAAGCAUUCAAGCCCAUGAUCUCCGUGAACGGGUCAUAAUAGCAAUUUGUGGUGCUACCGGUGCUGGCAAGUCCUCUCUAAUCAACGCCAUUCUGGACAACGAAAUUGUACCGACAAGUAGCGCAGCAGGCACGAUCCAGUACAGCCCGACUGGGGAAUACCGCGCAGAGGUUCACUUUUUGACAUGCGAAGAAUGGACGAAAGAGCUCACAGCCCUUGUGGCGGACGUGACGGAUUCUCGAUUCUCGGAUGACGACUCUGAACAAGCCUCUGGAUCCCUCAGUGAAGUUGCGAAGCCGGCUUGGGAUAAGUUUCAUGCAGUGUACCCCAACAUUUCCCUUCAAGCGCUCGCCGAGUUCAGCAUCGACGAUCUACUAGAAGAUUAUCCCUCUGUAACAGAGCUACUUGAUGAGACGCUGCCCAUCCACUCGGAGACGCCUGAAGUGCUUUCUACGGAACUGCGUGACUAUCUCGAAACCAGUCGCAAAGACCUACGCGGGAAAUUUGCAUACUGGCCACUUAUCCGAUAUGUGGACAUCUUCUGCCCUGCGGAUGCACUCAAGACAGGCGCCGUCCUCGUCGACCUGCCGGGCGUGGCCGACUUGAAUUCAGCGAGAAAUGACAUAGCCCAGAAGUUCAUGGAGCAGAGCCACCAUUUCUGGAUCGUGACACCUGUGCAACGCGCUGUGGAUGACAGAACAGCACUCGACGGCAGCUUGAACCCGGAAUCGAUCACGUAUAUCGCUACGAAAUGCGAUGGUAUUCGGGUUGCCGAAGCCGUCCGGAGUCUCGGUUUGGGCGAACGCCCCAAGUAUCAACGGCUCUCACAAAGAGUAGCCCGCCGGGCUCAAACCUUGAAGGACGCCGAAAAGACAUACUCGGAUUCCUGCAACAUCGUCAAAGACACGGAGAAGAGCCUCAAUGUGAAACGGGCAAGACUUGCAGAAUUGCGAAGCUUCCUUCAAGAUUCAGGUGGCAAAGAGGCCGUAUCACCCAACCAACGGGGUCUUGGUCAGGCAUCGAGCUCCACACGGAAGCGCAAAGAAGCCGCCUCAACUGCGAGUGCGAAGGACGGCCCUACCAGCAACAAACGAGCUCGGGUUGCGAUGACAGAAACCCAGGCGGAAACGCCUGUGUCAAUGCUUGACCGGACGGCUGUGGAGAAGGAGGCUACGGCACUGGACCGCGAGAUAGUGCAAGAUCGGCUCGUGUGCUUGGACCACUACCAGGUACAGAAUGACGCUCGCGACGCUCGAGAGGAGGCCGAAGUGGCAUACUCUCAAACUCAGAAGAAGCUUGUCACCUAUUGUCAUAAGGCGCGCUCCGAGUUUCUCAAGAAGCACGUCCAAUCUGAUUUCCGCAAUGACACUGCAGGGCACACCCAAUCAGACAUGGCCUUACCAGUCUUUGCCGUGUCAUCUAGGGAAUACAUGCGCCAGACAGACCAAAUCAGCGGUGAACCUCUCGAGUUCACGUCUGUCGAUGACACCGGUAUUCCCGCGCUGCAGGAGUGGUGCCACACACUGACGCUCCCCGUGCGUGAAGACGACGCACGGAAGGCCGCGUCGGAGCUGGAGGCAUUCACCGUUUCUCUGCGCACGUUUGUGGAAGGCGUACCCGAUGUCGCUGAGGAACAGCGGCAGUCCAUGCGCACCGAUUGGCAGUCUGUCAUGCUCGUGGGCUCUUGGGAAGACGAGGACGAGAGUGAGUUGCUCGACGCGGACGAAGCUUUGUGGGAGCAGGUGGGGGUUGUAUGGCGCCUUGUUGAGACAUUCGAUAACCUUACCCAGGAAUGCGGGCGGGACCUCCAAAGAUACUUCAAACAGUAUUUGAACGUCAGAUGCAAGGAGGCCGCAAAGCUGGCCGCCGAGCACGCAUACGCGACCUCCAAAGAGUUUGCGCAUGGGCGUAAGUGGCAGAAAUACCGAGCCAUUCUACGCCGCGGCGGUCAAUUUGGCCCCGAACACGACCUCAACGCAGAGCUCACGAUCCCGUUCGCAGUGCACAUUGCGAGCAGCUGGCGCGAGCUCUUCUCCGCCAACCUCUUCGGGAAGCUCGAGAAAGACGUCAUGCGCACGAUCGACGAGCUCGUCGACGAAUUCGUGCAAGGGGUGCCGGAGUACCUCAAGGCGCGCGCCCAGCAGCAAGCGGACUCGUGCAGGCAGGAAGCGCGCUCUGCCCUGAGCACCAUCAUGGCCACCGUCGCGUGCGAGCUGAACAGCGAGCAAAAGCGGAUCAGCAGGGGCAUCGCGCCGCAUGUCCAGGGCGCGCUGCUGCAGGUCUACGAAGAUGCUCUCCUCGACACAGGGAGGGGAUCCGUCGCGCGGCAGCAGCAAUUCGUUCACGAUGCCGUGCACGAGAAGCGCGGCGACCUGUUCGGCGGCGCUGCGAGCACUCUGAUGAAGCGGCUGGCGGACGCUGCGAACGGCAUAGCGCAGUCUCUUCAGCCGGCGUUGCAGAAGAUCGCCCGUAAGGCCGAGACCAACCUCGCCGUUUUGUGGGAGAAGUCGUUCGACAACGAUGACAAUGGGGAGGCCCGUAAGGGGCUGCUUGCUUUGCUCGACACCGUUCUCGCGGAUCUCGCCGCCUUGGAACACGCACGGGAAUCUAGCGACACGGAGCCCCGCAGCACCCUCGAACGCCAAGAGGAGGACGACGACGACACAAACGAAGACAACAACGAAGACGAAGACGCAGACCAAGAUGGCAUGCCGAGCGGAGACGACGAUAAUCACGAAGAUAGCGUGGAUGAGCUCGCCGAAUACGAGACGGGAACUUGCGACGAUGGCGGUGUGGGAGACGCGGUCGUUCAUCAAGAGGCCGUAUGCGCGACCAAGCCUUCGGUGGUCGAGACAAUCGAUAUCGACAUGGAUGUUGGACCAGCCCAUCACGAAGACGGAGCGUCUUGUGCUAUCAAGACAGAGACAAAGAUGGAAGAUAUAGUCGAAGACGGUAGGGAAUCAGACAGCAGCAUCGGGAAGGACGCUUGA